UGAAACCUAAAUUAUUAUCACUUCGAAAUGAAACUGAACUCCACUCAUUAACUCAAACUCCACUACUUACAAGUCAUGUAGUAAGGAUUUUAUGAAAGACUGUUUAUGAAUUGAUAUAUUUCUGUUGAAUUAUCUUCUUUGAUGGCUAGAGUUUGGACUGUAAGAUGGAUCAGUACAGAGCUGUAAUAAAAGCAGGGUUGUUCCUCACACUUUUUGUUCAUCUUUCUUCAGCAGUAACACACACUCUGCAGUACUACUACACUGCAGUCACACCCGGAACAAAUUUCCCAGAAUUCACUGAAGUCGGUCUGCUGGACGGAAAGCAGAUUGACUACUAUGACAGCAGCGAGAUGAAGAAGAUCCCGAAGACAGAGUGGAUAGAGAAGAUCAAUGCUGAUGUUGCACAGUACUGGAUCAGUGAGACACAGCGGGCACAGGGUACACAGGAGACCUUUAAAACCAAUAUGGCUAUAGCAAUGGAGCGCUUCAAUCAGUCUACAGGAGUUCAUACAGUGCAGCUGAUGUACGGCUGUGAGUGUGAGGAUGAGAAGCUCACUAGAGGAUAUUUCCAUUAUGGGUAUGAUGGAGAAGAUUUCAUCAGUUUUAAUUUGAGAAGUAAAACAUGGACUGCAGCUACUGUUGAAGCUGUGAUCACCAAGCACAAGUGGGAUCCUAAUGCUGGUUAUAAUAAUUACUGGAAAAACUACCUGGAGAAAGAGUGUAUCGAUUGGUUGAAGAAGUAUGUGUCUUAUGGGAAAGAGACACUGAGGAAGAAAGUUUGUCCUAAGGUGUCAGUGUUCCAGAAACACUCUUUUUCUCCAGAGGUGGUGUGUCACACUACAGGUUUCUUCCCCAAACCAUUAAACAUCACCUGGCAGAAGGACGGAGAGGACGUGCAUGAGGAUGUAGAUCUCAGAGAGACGUUACCCAACCAGGAUGGAAGCUACCAGAAGAGAAGCAUUCUGAAAGUCUCAGCUGAGGAGCUGCAGAAACACACCUACACCUGCGUGGUUCAGCACAGCAGCUUGGAGAAGGAGUUAGUGCGAGAAGUACCAAAAGGUGGAGCACCGAUUGCUAUCAUCGCUGCUGUAGUCGCGGCUCUCAUUGCCUUUGUUGCUGGAAUUGUCGUCUGGAAGAAGAAGAACUCUGGCUUUAAACCUGUUCCCCCCAAACCCUCCUCUGAAGGAGAUUCUUCCUCCAACAACUCUUAAAGUCUGACUGUGUGACUUCCUGCUGAACUGAGAGGGAGGGAAAUCUGUGUGCGUUAAAUCCAGACGUAACAGUCUCAGCUCAGAGCUCACCCUGUUUCAAGGCAAGAUGAGGAGAGAAGGCAUACACAAACACUACAAGCAAAUUGGGUUUGUAGGAGGAAACCGGAGUACCCAGAGGGGAAUCACCAAGCACGGGGAGAACACACUCCACACACGCAGACCUGAGGUGGAAAUUGAACCCUUAAUCCUGGAGGUGUGAGAAUACAGUAUAGUGUGAACCACUGGAUCACCAUGACACAAUUUUUUAAAUUAUUUUUUUUAAAUGGAUUUAUUCAUUUUGUAUUUUUACUUUAUUACGUUUUAACUGUUUCAAAAUUGUGACAAUAUAAAUUUUGUGAGUAAAGUGAAUUUAUUUAAACCAAAAUUGUGUUAAUGAUUUCCCAUUUUGUAGGCAGUAUGAUGAUGCAACUGUUCAUGCAAUAAUAUUUUUAGAACUUCCUGGUAUAACAGAAUAUUACAGCAACUGGAGCUUUAAAACAAGUAAAAGCCAACCGCAGUUUUAUAAAGUUACUUUACACAGUUUUGUUUUUAAAUAAGUGCUUUUAACUUUAUAGGAACCUGCACAUGUUUAAUGAACAUUUCUAAAUGUAUCCCAAAUGAGCAAGUCAGUGGUGACAGUGUGGAGCAGAAACUCCCUGAGAUAACAUAAACUCCAUAUGUCAUCUCAGGGAGUUGUUCCUUGACACUGUCAUCACUGACUUGCUUAUUGUGGAUUCAUUUACACAUUAAAAAUGUUUCAGUUAAAAUGUCCAGUUUCCUGUAAAGAGCUGUUACUGUCACAACGACUAUUACUGUGUCAUGUGGGGACUUUCUGCAUCAUCAAUUGUAAAAAAACAAAAAACAAACACCACAUGGUUAAUUUACAUAUUUUACACUUUCAUAACUGUUGUGAAUAAAAAAGUGAGGUGUGUAAAUUUUUAUUAUUAUUAUUAUUAUUAUUAUUAUUAUUUAAUUUUUGCAUAAAUCCUUUUUUGACUAAAGUUUUCUCAUAUGUGUGCUUUAAGAUGUGAACUGAUAUUGUUUAUAAGCAACUGCAUCUAAACUACUGAUUUUAUGUAUACAGUAAAAUGCUAAAACAGGCUAAAACAGAAACAAUCAUCAGCCAGUGUCAGAGGUCACGCCGGUUUGUUUUCUGUAGAUAAAAAGGCAUUCAUUAAUGAUGUCAUGCAGGAAAGUACCAAUGUGUUUUCCCAAUGUUUAGUUUUACUUUCGUUUCAGUGUCAGAGCAUGCUUAGCACCAUGUGGUUAAUACCUAAAUAACUUUGGAAGAUAUUUCUGAACCUAUGAAUCUAUAAAGUUCAGACUAAAAACUCAUUACGUACUAUAUCUGUAAAUCAGUAUAACAAAAUAGUUCAGUUUUGUCCCUGUGUACAAUGAUGCGUGAAUUAUUGAAACUGCUCUGAUAGUUUAACCACUAAAGUUGCUGUGAACAGUUUUGCAUGUAUGUCUAAACACUGUUUCAUUAGAAACCCCUACAAAAUUAACUGCUUAUUCCAUAAAACACAUUUUCUGUUGUACAAUUGUACUUUUGACUUAAUCUUCAUGAAAGCCAACUGUUUUCAUAUGAAGACAUUAAAUGUUCUGCAACUA